AUGAAUAACAAUAAUAAUAAUAAUAAUAAUAAAACAACAAUGAAUAGUAUGAUUGUAACAGUUAGGAUUAGGCCAGAAAGUCAAUCAGAAAUUUUAAAUAAAAAUUGUAAAACAAUUGUUCGAGUUAUUGAUGACAAUAUGCUUGUAUUUGAUCCAAAUGAUAUUGAUAUUGGUGCAUUUAACAACAACAGGAAUAAUAAGCAAUCACAACAACCAGUAGAACAAAAAUAUAUAUUUGAUAGAGUAUUUGAUCAAUAUGCAACUCAAGAAGAAGUAUUUGAAAACACAACCAAAGAAUUAGUUAGUUAUGUUAUAUCGGGUCAUAAUGCAUCAGUAUUUGCAUAUGGUGCAUCAGGUGCGGGUAAAACUCAUACAAUGGUUGGUGGUAUUAAUACUGGUCCUGGUAUUAUGGUAUUAACAAUGAAAGAAUUAUUCUCAUUGAUUGAAAAAGAUAGAUCCAAUCAAUACAUUGUUUCAAUGUCAUAUUUAGAAGUCUAUAACGAAACCAUUAGAGAUUUAUUAAUUACCAAUACUGGUGGUGGUGGUAAUAGUAAUAAUAAAGUUUUAGAAUUAUGUGAGGAUGAAAAUAAACAAAUUGUAAUUCGUGAUUUAUCAUGGGAAUAUCCGACUUCAGCAGACCAAGUUUUUAAAUUAUUAAAAUAUGGAAAUUUAAAUAGAAAACAAUCACCAACUCAAACCAAUCAAACAUCAUCAAGAUCUCAUGCAGUUUUACAAAUCACUGUGAAACAACAAAACUUACAAGAUAAAAGUAAAAUUUCGUUUGGUAAACUUUCAUUAAUUGAUUUGGCAGGUUCAGAACGUGCUUCUAAAACUUUAAAUACCGGUGACAGAUUAAAAGAAGGUACAAGUAUAAAUAAAUCUUUAUUAGCAUUAGGAAAUUGUAUUAAAGCAUUAGGUGAAUUAUGUAAGAAUCAACAGUCACAACAGCAAUCCAGCAAUCCAAAUUUCAUACCAUAUCGUGAUUCAAAAUUAACUAGAAUUUUAAAAGAUUCUUUGACUGGUAGUUGUAAAACUAUAAUGAUUGCAAAUAUUAGUCCAAAUUCUUCAUCAUUCGAAGAGACUCACAAUACAUUAAAAUAUGCUCAACGUGCUAAAUCAAUUAAAACUCAAAUCACUAAAAAUGUAUUUGCAAGUUCAACCAAUUUAAUAACGCAAUAUAAUGAAAUCAUUAAAGAACAAAGAGAAGAAAUUAAACAAUUAAAAUUAAAAUUAAUACAAGCAACUUCAAAUAAUAACAAUAGUAAUAAUAAUAAUAAUAAUAAUAAUAAUAACUAUUUUAGUAACAGUUUUGGAAGUUGUGGUAACAAAAAUCAACCAAUUAAACAACCAACACCUCCAACAUCAUUAUUUCAUCAACAAAAUCAAAAAUAUUAUCGUAAUGAUGAUGAUGAUGAUGAUGACAAUGAUCAAGAAGAAAAUAAUGAUGAAGUUUUAAUAAAUGAAGAUGACGAAGAAGUAGAUGGAGAAGAUUCUAAUAAUAGGGAUAAUGAUGAAUCAAUGAUACAACAAUUAGAAGAAAUGAGUUUAUUAAUUAAUUCAAACUUACAAGAUACUUUAACAUUAAAGAAAACUCAAAGUAUUCAAAGACAAAGAAAAAGGGAAUUAGAAAAUGAAUUAAAAUCUUUAGAAAAACAACAACAAUCAAUCUUAAAUGAAAAUAAUAAUGUAGAUAUAAUUAAAAGAACAAAUGAAAUUGGUAGUCAAAUUUUAAAGAUUAAAACAUUGGAAUCAAGUAUAAAUGAAAAAUUGGAAAUGAAUAAUCAAUGGAGAAGAAAACUUCAAUCAGAGUUAACAUUGAAAUUUGUAAAUUCUCCAAAGAAUUUAAAGAUACUAAUUCAACAAGCAAGAGCAGCAACUUUAGAAUUGGAUAGAUUCGAUCUCACCGAGAGAAUGAUUGAUGAUAGAUCAAAAUUAAAUUUAAAAACAAAUGAAUGUAAAUCUUUAAAGGACUCACUCUCUUGGAUGUUUGGUAUUUUAUCAGAUGGUUUCAAACUUUUAACUGAAAAUAAUUUAGCAACUGAUGACUUUUUAAAAGAUUUUUUGAAAAGUGGUGAUUUAAUUAAUAAUUUGGAUAAUAGUUUUAUAAUAAAUGAAAAUAAUGAUUCAAAUAAUAAUAACAUUAUUGAAAAUGAUGAUAUAGAUUUAUCAUUUAAUAAUGAUAUAAAUAAUAAUAAUAAUAAUAAUAAUAAUAAUAAUAAUAAUAAUAAUAAUAAUAAUAAUAAUAAUAAUAAUAAUAAUAAUAAUAAUAAUAAUAAUAAUAAUAAUAAUAAUAAUAAUAAUAAUAAUAAUAAUAAUAAUAAUGUACCUUUAAAUUGUAAUAAUAGUAACAGUAAUAUUAAUAAUAAAAAUCAAAACAUCAUAAACCCAUCACCAUUAAAACCAAGAAGAAUUAUGAGUGGCAGCAAUAAUAUUAUUAAAAGUACAAAUUCAAACAGUAGAAUGACAUCUACAGCAACAACAACAGCAGCUUCAACAGCCACAGCGACAACAACAACAAUAGGUAAGGAGAAAAAAGGAGAGAUAAGAUCAAUUGUUAAUCCAAUUAAUAAGAUAUCAUCCUCAACUUCUUUAUUACCAUCUUCUUCAACAAAAAUAUCAAACACAACACCUUUAUAUAGUAGAACAUCUAUUUUAAGAAAAAGAACAUUGGAAAUUGAUGACAGUACAGAUUCAAAUCCAAGAACUAAAAAAAUUAAUGUAUCAUCACCGGUUGUAACAAAACCAAAGCAAUUAUUACCUUCAACAACAACGGCAACAACAACAACACUAUCAUCACCACUUGUUAAUAAACCCAAACAAAUUUUACCAACAACUUCAUCAUUACAACCAAAACCACACACAAAAAUACAGCCACACAAAAAUAAUAAUAAUAAUAAUAAUAAUAUUGCGCCACAAAUGAAUAUGAAUAUUCAAAUCCCAAAUCCAAUACCAAUACCAAUACCAAUGCAUGUGCAAAUUCCAAUAUCAAAUCCUAUACCUAUGCCAUCUCCAUCUUCAAUGAAUCUUAAAGAAAAAUUAGAUAGUCUAUCUCAGUUAUGUAACAAUCGUAGUGCCAAAAAUGAAAACUACAAUCACAAUAAUAGUUUUAAUAGCCAAAAUCCUUUUGUUCAUCCCCUUCAAAUGCAUCCUCCACAAUUACAACUACCACUACAUCCACCACAAACAAUGAUAAUGCAAUCAAAUAUGGAUUUAAAGAUGAAAUUAGAUAGCCUUUCCUUUUUUAACAAUAAUAAUAAUAACCACCAAGCACAAAAUGAUCUUAGCUUUGAUUAUGGUCAAAAUACACUCUCAAAUGAAAAUUUAAUUCUUCAUAAUAAAAUUGCAAGUCUAUCUUCCACAUUAAUUAAUCAACCUCACCCAAUGAGAGUUAAAAAAUUAACUCCAACAUCAACAAUAUCAUCAUCUAUUUCAACUAGACCAAUCACAACUAGUACAACAACUUCAACAACAGUGCCUUCAGUAGUAUCAAAUAGAAUUAAAUCACUUGUUCAUUCAAAUUCGCCAAUUAAAGAAAAUUUAUAUAAAGAAAAAUUAUCUUCUACUGCAUCAGCAACAUUAACACCAAAUCGAAAUAAUUCUCAAAUUGUGCAACCUUUUAAAAGAGGAGUUUUAGGUAAUGGACCCACAUCGUCAUCAUCUAGACUAUUACCAUCAUCAAGAACAACUGUAAAUACCUCAAGAAAAAUAAUUAAAUAA